AUGUGGGACCUCUGGGACCCGUGCGACUUCAAGAGGUGCGAGCGGCUCUGCUGCCCGGGGCUCGCGAAGCAGGCAAGAGUACCGGAAGGAGUAGUGUGGAUGUUUGGCUGCAUCCCGCUGCGCACCUGCGUGUUCCUCAACUGCCUGGGCACGGUGAUGGUGUCGGUGUCGCUCUUCAUCGGGGAGAAGCUCUUCCACACGGACUUCCGCACCUUCUCCGGCGGCUACGCGUUGCAGAGCCACGUGAUCAUCGGGCUGAUAGAGGUCGUCGGCAUCUUCGCCGGCCUGCUGGGCCUCAUCGGCACGGUGACCCUCGAGCAUCACUACAUCAAGUUUUUUCAGAUGUACCAGAUCGUGCGCUUGGCCUCCGUCGUCCUGAUGUACGUCACCGACGUGCCGCUGCUGGUGCACUGCGAGCUGUUCCGGACGGACCUCCCCAAGGCAAUCGAGGAAUACGGCUGGAACUCAGUAAUGUUCGAUUUGGCCCUCGACAACCACUGCAGCCAGGAGAGGACGGCCUUCGUCAUCGCGUCGACGGCCUACCUGCUCACCUUCGUGUAUCUGAC